AUGAACUAAAUAUUCGAUUAUAUACUAGAAAAUUAAAUAGGGACAGGAAAAGUUUAAUAUUAAAGUACAUUAUGUUUGUUUUUAAUAUUUUUUUGCGGCGGUUAUUAAUCUAUUUCAUUUUCCUUUACUCUUCCAAUAAUAAAAAAAGUAUAUAACUUAUAAAAUAACGAAAUUUAAAUAGCCUAAUCAUUAAUAUUUUUCAGUUCAGCAAUAGUAGGAUUAUUUAAUGGAAAAAUUUCAGAUUAUUAUGGGCGUAAAAACACUUUUAUAUAUUCAAUAUCUAUUUAAUUUUUAUCUAAUUUUAUGAUUUUUUUUAGUUAAAGUUUCAUUUAAUAUACCUUUUUUAGAUUAAUAUAUUAAGCUGUUUGUGGUUUAAUAUAUCCUUUAGCCUCUUGUUAUACAACAGAAAUAUUACCAAAAAGUACUCGUGAUAAAUAUUUUUUAUAAAUUUAUAAUUUCUUCAUUUUUGGAGAAUUAUUUUCAGUAAUAAUAGCCUCUUAGACAUUUGAAAAUUUAGAAUUUGGAAAUUGGAGAUUGCUAAAUUUAAUAAGUUCAUUAAUAAAUUUCUUUAGUAUUAUAUAUGCAGUAAAAUAUUUAAUUGAAAGUCCAUGUUAUUUACUUUGUUGUACAUCUUUUGGUAAUGGCAAUUAAGUUUUUGAAAUUUUAGAUAAAAUGGGAAAUAUAAACAAAGGAAAUUAAUAUAAAAAAUUAAGUUCAGAAGAUAAAAAUAAGUUAAUAUAAUGGGGAAAUAAACAAUAAUAAUAAUAAUAAUAAAAUUAAUAAAAAAACAAAACAAUUUAACUUUUUUAAAAUGAUUAUUUAUUUCUUACUAUUAAAGUGUUAAUUAUUUGGUUUUGUUCGAAUUUUAUUUACUAUGGAAUGGUUUAAAUGCUUCCUUUUAUUAUUAUGAAAUAAUAAGAAAAUACUACUUAUAAAGAAAAUAUUAAAUAUAACUAAAGCGAUUUUUCAGGUUUUUUUAUAGCCAUUUUGUCCGAAUUUCCUUCAAAUAUUUUUGUCUAUUUUGCUAUUGAUAAUCCUUUUUUUGGAAGAAAAAAAAUUUUUUUUUUUUCAUAUUUUUUCUGCUUCUUUAUCAAUUUAUUCCUCUAUUUUUAUAAUUUUAUUGAUUUUUGGUUCUUUAUAUCUGUCUCUAUCUGUAAAUUUUUCAUUAAUUCUAUAUUUUCGAUUAUUUAUCAAUUUACUUCUGAACUUUAUUCUAAUAAUUUGAGAGCUACUGCGAUUGGAUUUUGUUUUUUUGUUUCUAAUUUUGGUGCAGUUUAAAUGCCUUUUGUUUCCUUUUUUUUACUUUCAGUAUCUCCUAAUGGUCCUUUUUUAGGUUUUGCGUUUCUUGCGUUUAUUUGUGUUUUAUGUAUUUAUAUAAUAAAUUAAGAUACAACUGAAAUAAAUUAAGACUAAAUAGUUGAUAAUAAGGAAUUAUUAGAAAAAUAAAAAACAAUUAUUUAAUUUGAAUUAAACAUAAUUAAUACUUUUUUAAAAAUUAAUAAUUAAUAAAUUAUAUUAAAAAUUAGUAUACAAAAUAUAAAAAAAAUAUAUAUUAUGUUUAUAUUAAUUAUAAUUUAAAUGAAUAACAAUAAAUACAUAAACUAAAUAAUUUAUUAUAUUAGAAUUAAUAAUAAAUAUAGUAUCAUAUGA